AUGCGUGUGGUUCCGCUUUUCCUGGCCGUAGGGCUUGCGGCAGCAUUGGACAAUGGACUUGCGGUCACACCUCAGUUAGGAUGGAACACCUGGAAUUCGUUCGCUUGUAGCAUGAACGAAACAGUGAUUCUGGACGCGGCCAAGCGUAUUGUCGAUCUAGGGUUCAAGGACUUGGGUUACAAUUACGUCGUUCUGGAUGAUUGCUGGUCUUCCGGUCGUAACUCUUCUGGAUACCUGGUACCCGACAAGAGCAAGUUUCCCAACGGUAUCGCGGACGUUGCCAACAAGAUCCACGAUAUGGGACUGAAGAUCGGUAUCUAUUCCAGCGCAGGUACUAUGACCUGUGCUCACUAUGCCGGAUCAUUGGGCUACGAGAAGAAGGACGCCGAGGUUUGGGCAAGCUGGGGUGUCGACUACCUCAAGUACGAUAACUGCUUCAACUUGGGUGAGGAAGGCACUCCGAAGCUGUCCUACGACCGGUACAACGCGAUGGGCAAGGCUCUAAACGAGACCGGGCGUCCAAUUCUUUACUCCCUGUGCAACUGGGGCGUGGACGGACCAUGGAACUUUGCUCCUACCAUGGCCAACUCCUGGCGUAUGGGCGGUGAUUUGACCAAUGUCUGGGACCGAGAGGACGUCAACUGCCCUUGUGCAGAGCAUGAAGGCUUGGACUGCAAGCUUCCCGGAUAUCACUGUUCGGUCAUGAACACGCUUAACAAGGCUGUCUUCUUUGCACAGAAGGCCUACCCCGGUGCCUGGAAUGAUCUGGACAUGCUCCAGGUUGGCAAUGGAGGUCUCACCGAGGACGAGGCCAUCUCCCACUUCAGUCUCUGGGCCGCUCUCAAGUCGCCCUUGCUCAUGACCAACGUCAUGACCAAGAUCGACGGCACCACGCUCUCCAUCCUGCAAAACACCGCUGUUCUCGCCGUCUCCCAGGAUCCCAAGGGCUCAAGCGCCGUCCGCAUCUGGCGAUACUACGUCGAUGGCGGCGAGAUCCAAAUGUACAGCGGACCCCUCGGCGGCAACGACCAGGUCGUGCUCCUCCUGAACAGCGGAAGCAAGGCCCUCGACAUGAACGCCACCCUGACCGACAUCUUCUGGCUGAGCGGCGCCGAGGGAACCGCCCCUCAACUGAAGUACGAGUGGGACGUGUAUGACCUCUGGGCUGGUCGCAUGAGCAACGACACCGCCAACGCCAUUAUCAACCACAAUGCCAACGCGACUCGCCCCAUCAACAUGACUGCUCAAGGCGGUGCGAGCAAGGUCUACGCUCAGGUCCCUCUGCCCACAUCGUCCGCGUUGAUGGGUAAGAAGGUCAGCACCGUCAAGGCCGGUGGUACCGUCAAGGCUCACGUCAAGUCCCACGGCGUUGCCAUGUUCCGUCUCAGAGCAGUCAUGAACAAGGAUGAGCUGUGA